UACCCGGAAUCAUUGCCGCGCCGACCGCCGUGAGGAGCGCGCAUCGUUGUGCCACGCUGUCAUUUGUCGCGUUUCAGAGAGCGCGCGUUUCGCCGCCCAGGGUGCACGGGGAGACGUAGUGCCGCCGGGAAUCGUCACGCGACGUGCUGAUCGUGAAAAUCUGUCCUUCGACGUUUGACGUUCCGACUAGGCUAGGUUAAAGGAUCUCCCGAGUGAUCUGAACUCGGAUCCAUGCGAAUUAGUGAAUCGUGUGCAUCGAUACGUGAGGAUCAAGUGUCAGUCGGCGGGAUUAUAACCUCGUUCACUCACGCCGCUCACACGGAUACGUAUACGGAUCGCUGUGCGCGCUCCCUUUUCAAACCCCUGAACGCUCACGACUCACUCGCGCACGGGACUGUGCCCGCACGCGAGCUGGAUUUCACGCCGAGAAACGAUAACCUCGACUUGUCUUUGAGCGUCCCGCAGCACCAUCAAGCACCGUACCACCACGACGGCUACAACAUGUCUGACCAGACGUUUCACACGCCGAGUUUCGGCGAUGAGGACUUCGAUAUACCGGCCAUUCACCCGCAUUCACAUCAGCAGCAGCAGCAACAUCAUCAACAACAUGACUCUAUGCAGGCAUAUGGUCAGCCGCAGAUGAUGCAAGCUAGUGGUAUGCAGCAGUCGCCGGACGGUCUGAGCCUGGAUGCUGGAGGGUAUCAGCAACAGCUCUAUCUGCAGCAGGAACACCCGAUGCAGCCGAUCAACGUUAGCUCGGCGUACGGCGGUUCUCAAAGCUCGUAUGCAACAAUGAGCUCUCCGCGCCAGCAACAACAACACAAUGGUCAACAGCUGCUGCUGAUGCAGCAGCAGCAACAGCAGCAGCAACAGCAGCAAGUUCAGAUGCAACAUAUGCAGUACAUGCACUCUCAGCAGCAGCAGCAGCAGCAGCAGCAGCAAUUACAGCAACAACAACAACAAAUGCAAUACAGAAGUCCGACCGGAGGCAGUCCGACUGCUAUGCAAGCUAAUAGUAUCCCGGAAACGAAUAACAACACUACGACCAGCGAAGAUAGCGACGACAGCACUCCGCACUCUGGAAUGAUUACGGUGGUUAAACGUGAGCCGCCAUCGCCAGAGGCAACCGAGGCUGGAGCGAAGAAUCAGAGGAAAGCGAAGCCACAAAAGAAAAAGAAGAAGAAAGAUCCCAAUGAGCCACAAAAGCCAGUGUCGGCGUACGCCCUUUUCUUCCGAGACACUCAGGCAGUGAUCAAGGGGAAGCAUCCGAACGCUAGCUUCGGCGAGGUAUCUAAAAUUGUCGCGUCAAUGUGGGACGCGUUAGAUAUUGAACACAAAAACUAUUACAAAAAGAAAACCGAGGCAGCUAAGAAGGAAUACUUGAAAGCUCUCGCGGCGUACAGAGCGUCAUUGGUGAGCAAAGGCGCGGGUGAGAACGAACAGAAGCAGCAGGCGCAACAGCAAGCGCAGCAACAAAUGCAAUACAGCGGAUACACGGGCUACGCCAGCAACGCUGCACCCGGGAGUGUAACAUAUCAGGUCUACAGUCCUCAGCAUGAACCUCCGUCGCCCCAACAGCAGCAGCAACAGCAGCAGCAGCAACAGAUGACUAUCAAUAAAAAGUCACCCCAUCACUUGGCGAUGCAAGGAAAUUCUCAACAACAGAGUUUAAUGAGCAACGUGAUGGCACCACCACACAUGACGCAACAGCAGCAGCACAUGCAACAGCAGGUCUCACAACAGCAAUAUAUGCAGGUGUCUCAGCAGCAGCAGGUGCAACAGGUGCAAGUGCAGCAACAACAGCAGCAGCAAAUAAUACACAUGAGCCCACCCAGAGCGGACUUUAUAAAAUCCGAGGAUAUAUCGAUAAAAUCUGACACUCUGUCGAGUUGUUCGUCGCCGGUGAGCGCCGCGCAAGUGGCCAUGACGGGGCAAGGCCCGCCGCCGUGCAUACAUCAAGGAUGCCCGAAUCCUGCCAUAUCCAAUAACGAGUGGGAGGAUGAGUACUGCAGUAACGAAUGCGUGGUCAGCCAUUGCAGGUUGGCGGACGUGUUUAACAACUGGGUAUCCUCAAAUCAAAAUCCACAACAAAAUUACUCCACGGUUAAAUAAGUGUCCCACGGGAGAACUAUCAACUACUCAAUGGCCUCACAGCUUAAUGAUCCAUUGUUAACCUGUAAAGUAAGAUAUUUAAAUGGAUGUAUGUAUAUAUAUAUAAGCUGGUGGACGACAACUUUUUCAAAGUGUCAAGGAUAUUUGUGUAACAUUCAAUAGAGAAAUUGAUUGACCGUCUAAGAAAUGUGUAUGAGAAUAAUAAUAAACGAAGGGCGUUUAAGACGAGCGAGAGCGAGAGAGAGAUUUGGAGCAAACGUAAAAUUGUUUCUUCUUAGAAAAAGAACUUAGGACGCAUAUUGAAAAGCCUUAUCCAAAAACCCAUUACUCUGGCCAAAGGUCUUCGUUCGUAAGGAGUGUAUUUGAGACCUGAGUGAUCCAAUGAGCGCGAUUACACUAGACUCGCACUAGACACUAGAUUGCAUCAGAUUAUUCCAUCUCUUGUACUCUCGCGGAUGCUCCUUACUGACAGGCAAGGCGUGCCAAUUGUACAGACACAUAAGUCUUUUUUUUAACAUGUAUAAAUAGCGUUACAAUUUUUUAAGGAUUUACUGGCAAACGCGCGGUGAGGAAGGAUCGGCUCUUUCAAUCGAAUGGCUUCAACUUGUGUUUCGGAACAACUUUUUUACACUCGUCACAGUGCGACGCAGUCGGCAAACAUGAUACAGUACAAGCAAACGCGGAAGCAGCGUGUACAAGCCGCGAUAAACAAGGUUUCGUACCGUGUUCGACGCGUUCUGUUCGCGAUGUGAGAACAAUAGUGAUCAAAGGGAAGAGGAUUUACACGCACAGCGGACCCGUAUUACGUGCCAUGGCCAGUAACUGUCAUCUUUCGUUUUGAUACGCGAGUUUUUUUUUAAUUAAGAAUUUAGUAGAUGCACAAUGUUUUAAUUGCCCGAGAGAAUGACGCGUGCACUCCGUUUCAACUACAUCACUGCAUAAUUGAAUGAUUACUCUUGCAACACGCAAUCCUGGAAAAAUUAUGAUACUGUAAUUUUUUCAAGAUAAAAACAAGCUAUAUCAAGUUACAUUGCUACAUCGUUUAAUUUUUACUCUCAUCUCUCGUGUGUGUUGGCGUCACAUACGCAUUUUUUGUUUCUCCCUCGUAUUUUUUUUCUGCGAUAACGAUGAAAGAUACUUGAUGUAUUUUGUAUGAUAUUCCGAUCUCCGUGUUCUCCCUUCCGCGGAAGAGGGUUUCGUCACUCCCCCGUUUCGUUUGCGGGACGAGUAACACGGGAUACAAUAUUGACAACCGAUAAACGAAGCAUCGCAUCCGUAAUAUAAACACCGUGCAUUCUCGCAGAGAUAAAUAUUACACUAUUAAUAUUGUUAGCCCCGUCACGCAGUUUUAGAAGUUAGGUAUUACGCAUUUAGAGAUUAGGCCCGUAACCGAGUAAAGCCAGGACCUCAUUGUGCACAAUUUAUUUUUAUAUCGAUACUACAAACAACCGAUCAAUAGUACAGUACAGUUUUCAUACGCGAAAUUUCGUAAUAGCAAGGGGAAAAAAGUGUAACGUCAGAGCGGUCGAAGCGAUCGAGUGUCCGAUAUUUUUUUAAACGCAUUUCAACGUUGCACCACGUGCGAAAUCUUUCCCACUUGUUUUAAUCUUUAUUAAUGUCCUUGAAGAAUACAUCGCCGGUGGCGAAUGCAAAUAAUCUGGCCAUCUUAAUAAACCGUGCAAAAGAUUGCUUUCUGAGUACAAAAGGGACAGAAAAUUCGCGUUGUUCGGUUUGCUCGAUGGACACGGGGAAUCGGCGUUGCUGGCGGUGAAACAACGCGUUGAGCGUCGUGCGAAUAGUAUUCCGUAUUCUCGAUCUGCUUUCCGGAUUCAGUCGCGACGGUCAGAUCAGUUGCAUUUCAUAUUCAUGCGACCUCCGGUUGAGAGGCGUUCGUAGGCCUUGAAAUAAACCGGUGUGAACAAUCUUCCCGUACACGAGCAAAGAGACGUGUGUCGUUCCGUGCUAAGUUCAUCAGCAAUGAUUUCGCGAUCUCCGACGCGGAUAUGCAAAUUGUCUGUUAGUAAAAAAUAUCGAGAAAAAGAGAGAAAAAACGCGUCUGUUGGCAGUUUGUUCGAACGGACUGAUUUCGUUUUUUCUUCGUUUCUUUAUACGGAUUAUAGCGAAUGUUUUUUCAUAUCUUUUUGUAAAUACACAGAAUAUAUAUUCCGUAGAUUUGUAAGGCUAUAAUAUAAACACAUACAAUAGAUAUUGUAUCAUAUAUUAGUAUAAUACAAUUUGUAGUAUAUUAUGCAGGCAUAUAAAUAUAUACACACACACAUACACACGGGUGCUCGGAAUUUUCCGAUAGUCGAUCCCCACGAGCUCGGGGUCUUAAAUUAUUCGGGUUAUUCGCGGGCAGAUGUAAUUCCGGCAGCUGGAAUGCCGAGCGGAAUUAAACGACGUAUCUCGAGAAGGGAGCAAUAAAUACUUCGACUAUUAAAUAGUCGGAUUCUAACAUCCUUCUCACGAUACAUCUAGCUUCGCUCUUUUUGCUCUUUUACCUAAAAUUCGUGAUCGAACCGAUGAUCGGUCACCGUUCUAUCGAACGAUAAUUUGAGCAAUUUAAGAUUUCAGCUCGAGAUCUAAACUGCUUGGAUUGCUUAUGUCCGAUUGGAAAAUUGCGAGCGCUAAAUAUGUAUAUAUGUAUAUAUAUGUAUGUACAUGUAUAUAUAUAUACAAUGUGUCCUAUUGAAGUAUUCAGACAGAAUUUGAAAAUGAUAGAUUUUAGGUAAAAAUGUUUCAAACAAUAGCAUACGAGUAUAUGUGUGCGUGUGUGUGUGAGAGAGAGACGCCGGAGACAUAUUUUUUGGUGGACAAAAUGCCUCCGUUUCGAACAUUAGUUUUAGAACGAAGACGCUGCUGUCCACGAGAGAACGAUUUCUCCCGCGAGCAAGCCUCUUUUGUUUCAGACGUUUUGCGGAAAAGGAUAUCCUAUCAUUUUUGAAUCGUUAGGCGUGCUAUUUCAAACAGGACAUCCUGUAUGUAUGUAUAAAUAUAUGUAUAUUCUUUUGACCUUACAUGUGUGUAUGCGCGCAUACAUGCAUGCAGGGUUAAAAGGAUAAUUAUACUUGAUCAACUUCGAUAAGAUUGGAUAUAUUAAUUUACCCGAAACAGCCCGUUUAGACAACGGGACUGUACAAAUAUAUUUGCGAGUUAAUAGACUAGUAAUAAAGGAGGAUGCGACGAGGAGGGGGAUGGAAACGGAAGCGAAUUUCCAGUCGCUCGUGCGUGAAAACGCAGAAGUUUCGAUAGAAAUAUAAGUGCAUGGGCAUUUCGACGAGCGAAACCUCUCGCGACCGCGAUCCGCCGCCACGCAGAGUUCCGCAGAGUUCAUGCCAUUCGUUCGGUCGAUCGAGAUGUCCGUUCUUGACGCUUAUGUUCCUAUAUAGAUUUCUGUGCAGGGGGCCCGGUCCUCGGCAACACGAGAAACAAAAAAGAACGCAACUUUUGCAACGUUGAUCAUAAUCAUAUAAAUCUGUACUAAAAGAAAUAAAUUUAGAAGGUAUCGAGCAUGUAUUGUAGCGCUAGCACUAUACAUCAAAUGCUAAUAUAUCACGGUGAUUUCCAAUGAAUUUAUGUUAAAUUUUUAUUGUUUUAUGUACAAUGACAUAAUUAAACGAUUUCAGUCCCGACAUCAC